CCCCCUCUCUCUCGGAUCUUCUCACCAUGGAGAUGAACAAAAGAUCGCAAUGGAGCUGGAAACAGUUCAUCAUCUGCUUCGUGGUCUCGAUGGGAACCAUGGGUUUCUCGUACCCGGCGUCCAUCAUCGGGACCACGCUUGCCCAACCGUCCUUUCUUGUCUACAUGAGCCUUUUGACCCCCGAGGGAACCUUCACGGACCAAGGUAAUUCCCUGAUCGGUGCCAUGUCCGGGGUGUUCCAGGCUGGAGGCGUGUUCGGAAUUCUGGGAGUCACCAUCGUCAUGGACAAGUGGGGGCGCAAGGCCGGAAUGUGGUUCUGCGCCACCCUGGGUCUCGUUGGAGGGGCCCUGACAUGUGCCGCCCAAGGUGUCGCCAUGUUCAUCGCGGUCCGAUUCCUGUCCGGUGCGGGUGCCUGGGGUUUCCUUUCAAUCACACCCGUCUACACGGCCGAAAUUGCACCACCCGCUCUAAGAGGACUAUUCGUGGGCAUGAACGGUAUAGGGAUUGCCCUGGGCUACGCAAUCGCAACCUAUGUCGGCCUCGGCUUCUUCUACUCCACCAACCCGGAGCUUCAAUGGCGAGGCAGCUACGGAAUCGCCCUCAUCUUCAGCCUCCUUCCUCUGGUGGCCAUGUUCUUCGUGCCCGAGUCUCCCCGCUGGCUCCUCAUGGUCAACCGCGUAGACGAGGCCAAGAAGACCGUGCGACAACUCCACAAUCUGGACAACGAAGAAGAGCAACACUUUGCCAUGGCCGAGUUCUACCAGAUGCAAAAGCAGAUCGAAUAUGAUCGAACCGUGGAGCCGUCUUGGAUCAAGAUGUUCACCCGAAAGUCGUACCGGGCGCGCCUGGUCAUGACUUGCACCUACUCGUUCCUCGCUCAGGCCACCGGCAUCCUGGUCAUCAACAACUACGGCCCAAUCCUGUACGCCACACUCGGGUUUGACACUGAAAAACAGCUCAUCUACGCAUGUGGAUGGAUCACAAUGGGCAUUGGAGGUAACCUGACGGGAGCACUCAUUAUCGACAAAAUCGGGCGCAAGCCCCUGAUGCUGAUCGGAAUCGGUGGCUGCUUGCUCUUCUUGACCCUGGAGGCUGCGAUGGUUGCCUCAUUUGCAAGCCCCGUGUCAGACCCUCCCAACCAUCAUGGGAUUCAAGCUGCCAUCGCCUUCCUCUACUUGUUCGUCUUUAUCUACGGAAUGGGUGUGGAUGUUUCGGGCUUUGUCUUUUACGGGGAGAUCUUCCCGAAUCACGUCCGCUCCAAGGGCAUGGCCAUCACCGUCACCACCUUUUGCUUGUCAUCCUUGGUCUGGCUUCAGGUUGCGCCGACUGCUUUUGCCAACAUUGGCUGGAAAUACUACUUGGUUUUCAUCUGCAUUCUCGCCGUCGGUCUCGUCUUCAUCUCGGUCAUUCUUCCCGAAACCAAGGGGAUCCCUCUCGAGGAGAUUGCCGUCAUCUUUGGGGACCAGGAUGAAGUGGUCAUUUUCUCGGAGGAUCUCACCGUUGGGGACAGUCCUGAAGAUCUCGUUGUGAGAAACCACGCGGCGGGAGAAGGAGAAAAUGGCACGGCCGAGAAGGCAUCAGAAUUGCGCCAUGAAACAGUUCGACUUUGAAAUGGGAGACUGACUGUUCUCUUGACUGUCACCUUGGACGGCCUCAACGGCAUCCAAGUCUUGUUAAGAUCACAGUCAAGAAUCGUUGCGCAAGCACAGGUAGUCAUCCUGAUGGAUAGCCAACAGUGCCUCUCUUCACCCAGCAUGGAGUUCCUGAAAGCAGACUGGAAGAUGUUGAUAUUUCUAUUUUGGUGGUUGUAUCUCAAAUAGGUCAACCUCUUUCCACAUUCCACCCCGUGACCCGGGUUUAAAACCCGGCAUUCGAAGUAUACAAAACCCGCUGUCUAUCCUCCUGCAGGCACUCGGUUUCC